AUGCAGGUUGAAUGGGUUCCGAAAAACUUGGGGACUAUGGAUAUUGAGACUGUCCAGGCUUCGUCUAGUGAAGUACCAAUUGUUAGUGCUUCUAAUUCAGGGGUUGCUCAACCUGCGAAGACUGUCCAGGCUUUGUCUAAUGAAGUGCUGGUUGUUACUAAUUCUAGUCCAGGGGCUGCUCCACCUGUUGGUGCACAGACUCCACCUCAUUAG